UAUUUUCAUAUGUGUCGGACGGAGCGCGAGCUGUCUUAUGAUUUGGAUGCUUCGUCACAUGUGGAUGCUCGGCCGGAGGUGGUCCGGCGGAGGCCCCUGAGGUCAGAGAAGCACAUUUCGGCCUCAAAGGAGAACCUCUCCUGCUCCGGACCGAUUCGAGGACGUCCCUGGAUUAUGUGAUUCACAGCAGGUCUGCAGUCUUGCCUGGCCUCUGGCAGCAGAGAGAGCACGUGUUGCAGGUUCCCUGGAAGGCAGCGGCUGGAAGCUUCUGAGACUAAGACAACGAAAGCUUUGAGGCGCCGUUCACACCACGAAGUCGGAGCGGUACUUAUUCUGCUAGACAGUGACUGUCAUCACUGAGAGUCUCUGGCCCUGGGUAAUGUGCUGCUGGUAUUUUAAGAAACAUUCCUGUACUUCCUCUUUUCACUUCGCUAUCACAGCCGGCCACACUCAGAGGCACCUUGCUCUACUCACUGCCCAGCGCCGGGACCGGCCAGUCCGUCCGUCCCAGAGCAUCCCAGAGCACGUGCCGAUGCUCCUGUGGGCAUCUCUGCUGGUCCUGGCUCCAGUCUGUGGACAGCUUGAAGCUGCGUCCAAACCCGUGAUUUCCCUCCAUCCUCCAUGGACCGUCGCCUUCAGAGGAGAGACAGUGACCCUGACCUGCAAUGUAUUUCACUUCCACGCUCCAGAGAAAAUAAAAUGGUUCCUUUGGUACCUUGGGAGGAGAAUGCUACGCGAAACUCCAGGCAACACCCUGGAGGUCCGUGACUCCGGACAGUACAGAUGCCAGACCCAGGACUCACUCCCAAGUGACCAAGUGAACAUGAUCUUUUCUUCAGGCUGGCUUGUGCUCCAGGCUCCACAUGGCGUGUUUGAAGGUGACACACUGGUCCUGAGGUGCCAGACGAGGAGUCGAGAGACACUGACCUCUGUGAAGUACAUUUGGAACGGAAAAGUCAUCUCCGCCUCCAAUCAGAGCCAGGACCUUUCGAUACCACGAGCCAGUUCAAACAACAGUGGCUUCUACCACUGCACUGGGCGUGUGGACAAAAUGCACGCAUGGAGGUCAAACACCAAGUCUGUUCGAAUUCAAGAACUGUUUCCACACCCGAAGCUGAAAGUCACCCCCUCCCAGCCCACAGAGGGCAGUUCUGUGAACCUGAGCUGCGAAACUCAGCUGCCUCCAGAGCGGCCGGACACUGUGCUUCAUUUCAGCUUCUUCAGGGACCGCAGGGUCGUGCUGUCAGACUGGAGCCGGUCCCCGGAACUGCAGAUCACAGCCAUCUGGAGACAAGACGCGGGGUCAUACACGUGCGGGGCUGCUGCGGCCCAGGGCGUCCACAAGCUCAGCCCCCCGGUGCACGUCUACGUGCGGGGGGUCCCGGUGUCCGGAGUGCUCCUGGAGACCCAGCCCCCGGAGGGCCGGGCACUUGCGGGGGAGCCUCUGGUCCUCACCUGCUCCGCGGCCGAAGGCACAGGGGACACCACGUUCUCCUGGCACCGGGAGGACACGGGGGAGAGUCUGGGGAGGAAACACCGGCGUUCCCAGAGGGCGCAGCUGGAGAUCCCUGCGGUCGGCGGGAGCCACGCGGGGGGCUACUUCUGCACGGCCGACAACGGCCACGGCCUUGCCUGCAGCGCGGUCCUGAACGUCACUGUCACAGCGCUUCUAGGAGGAGCGAGGCAGUGCUGUUUCCCUCUGGCGUCCCAGCGUGGUUUUAAUGGCGAGCCAUGUCGGAGCUGCUCCUGGUUCCCCGAGUGCCCGUCAGCAGUGAUAUGUGCUCUCUUUCUCAGCGGGCUGCCGAACCAGCCUCAUGUGGCAUCUUCCCGGGUGGCCGGGGCCAAUUCCCAAGAGGCCAGAGUACAAGAAUACGGACUAUCCAGAGAGAGGGUCCCCUCAAGUGCUAAUCUGGAGCUGGUGUCUGUGGGCACUCCAGGGAACAGAAUGGGCCUCAUUGCUGCAGGACCCACUGGGGGACUGCUCAGCAUUCUUCUCCUGGCUGCAGGCCUGCUGAUUUACCGCCGGCACCAGAGGAAGUCAGGAGAUGGUUCUCCAGGAAACACAACCAGGAGCUCUCCCACCACAGGCCCAGGACAGGCCCCCCAUGGCAGGUGCCAGGGACAGAAAGACAGCCCAGUGGAGCUCCAGCAUUUGUACGGCAAUGGGAGUCUCGGAGAGGGACACUUGGUAUAUUCUGAGAUCCAGACUAUUCGACCGGGGCAAGAAGGGGAAGCCAGUGCCUCUGGAGCGUCCCUAGAGGACAAGCAUGCCGCAGUUGUCUACUCCUCGGUGAAGACACAGCUCCAAGGGGACUCUGCCGGAAAGGCCAGGUCUCAGCAUGAAGAUGCCAUGGACAGUUACGAGAAUGUCCCACCUGUGUGACUCAUCCUUGCCCCGAAGCCCCAGCUCAGUGUAGUCCUCAGGGUCCCGGGAGUGACCAGCUGGUCCCAACUGCCCACGUGCUUUCACAUCCACGACUCCUGAUUCACCGUCUCUGAACUGGUGAUGGGGCGGCCGCUGAAAGACUUGCUCAGGUGACCAGGAUCACGGGUAAGAGAAGACCCUGGACCCCUGCUCGGAGCCUAAUGUCAUGGGCUCCCCACGGUCCCGUUUAGGGAAAAGGAAGAAGGGUGGAGAAGCACUCCUGUUCAAAAACAGAAGCACAGGUUUUGGUGACUUGGGAUUUGCACAAAGGCACGCCUGAGUGACUCAGGUCUCUGCUCAAUGCGUCCCCAACAACUGUCCCACUUGGGGUCAUCUGCAUCGGUUGGCUUAACCAUGCGCAGUGCCCAGGUCCUUCCCACACCAAGCCCAGGGCCACCUCUCCUGCCUACACUGCUUACAGUCAGGAUUGCGCUGUAGACAAAAGAAUCCACACCACUAGUUUGCAGAGAAAAGAAUUUAAAUAGGGUAUUAAUUAAUUAAUUGGGGUAUUAAGAAGCAGGCUCUAGGCUGAGCUUCCAAAAGCAAAGGUAAUUAUGUUAAUGUUAUUUAAGACAAAGAUUUUUCACACUAGAGAAAAAAAUACAAAAACAAAAUUAAUAACCCUACAAACCCUAAUUGGAAAUAUCCGCAGAAGUUGAUAUCAAGCUCUUUUUAAAAAAGAUAUUUAUUUCCUAGGUCUGUCCACUGAAAAGGCCUAGAAAUAAUUAGCAACCCAACAGCAGUGAGCAUCCCUCCCAUAGGCUAUGCUUUCCAAACACAAUUUCCCACCCAAGGGUACUGGGCUGUCUUUCUUGCAGGAGGCAUGUCUUUAGUUACCGAAUAGUUGAUAUGAGAAUAAGUAAUUCUUCCAAUAAAUGAAGAAGGAAUGAAAGGCACAGAAAACCACUCUUUUGACGGCAAAUUUCAUGGAACACCCACUGAUUAGGUUAGCAUCAAAAACCAGACAGCCUAACACUCUGUGCCUCCUGAUGGAAGUAUUCAAUGUCACCUACAAAGUACUCAUGCCCAAGAUAUCAAAAUUGAAUCCAAUCAAGUUUCUAGAUCCAACAACCAGCUGACAGGAAAUACGAGGGGCUACAGCAAUCAAUAAAAUCCACGCUGUGGAAAAAUCUA